AAUUAUUCUGACGCUAUACAGUUCUGCAACUGCACUUACAUUUUCACUCGGCUUCACAUCGCUAGCAGAUCUUCAUGACUAAUGUAUAUGCUUAGCCACCACUUCUCUAAAAUAUGUAGAAUUGGACUGAACGAUUUAGUGUUAAUGUCAGUUUGCAGUGGGUUUUUUUUGUCAUUAUCUUACUGCUUACGAGCCGUUAAAUAUUUUCAAUUUUUGUGCAGAAUUCAUUUACAAUGACUUAUUGAAGCAUAUAUACAUGAAUGUGUAUGAGGUUUUUAAAGGAAUGUGGUAGCAGAUGUAAGGUGUUCAAAUGAAAUGAUAAGUUGGAUUAUUUUGAGGACUAAGUGAUAUCAGCACUGAUUUAAUUGUUUCAAUACACAGUCUAGAUGUUUUACUGGUUAAUAUUAUGGAGGCUAUAUGGGAUAAGUGUUAAUGGAAUUGUGAAAGAUUAAGGAUAAGGUAAAUUUACAUUAAUAUAAAGAUUUUAAGUCUUUAAAAAUUCCGCUGUGUUUGAUGGAAUGCCUCACAUUCCAUCAAUCAAAUUGACUUGAUUAGCAUUAAGGUAUGAUUCCAGUUUAAUAGGUCACAUGACGAUCAGGUGGUCAGAAAUGGAAUCUAUGAGCCUAUGGUGAAAUGAAUGUCUUGUAUUCAAAGCUUAAUCUUGCCUAACACCCCCCAGUUUGUAAUACUUUAAAUGAUGCUGAAAUACACACGAUCAGAACAGAAGAACAGGAACCUUGAAAAGGCAUGCAGUUAUGACCGUGAGUUUUCAUUUGGGAGCCCAUUAGUAGAUACCCUACUGCCCAGCUACGCUGCGUGUUGAUAAAUGCGACCUUUCUCCCUCAGCUUUACUUCAUCCCCAUUAUUUUUGGCCAUGGCUCUGACUGCAACAGAUGGAGCCUGGGGCUGUCCAUGCUUUCCACUUCGAGGGCCUCUGUCACCUGCAGCUGCACCAAGCCAAUUUUAACACCAGCAAUCUUAUAAUAGUGUGAAUCAAAAUAUGGAUGAUAUGGAUGACAUGGCUUGACAUUCAUCCAGUACAGCAAUGCCGGAGACAGCAAAUGCUCCUUGUUCUACUCCCUGUCUGGUCCCAACUCCCCAUUCCAUGUCUAUUUUUUUAAUCUUCAGCUCAGUUGAAUGCUUAGGUCUAUAUGAUAGGUUUAUUUGCCAGAUUAUAGGACUCUCUUGUAAUACCUUCUAAACCGCUGCAUCCUGUGUGUCUGUGAAUACAGUACAGUUAGAACAAUCUACAUGUUCAAUCCCCAUGAUAUUCCAGCUAUAUAUAACAUUCAGACAAAACACAUAAUUGCCUUUAAGUACGGUUCUGAAGUGUGUGUGUGUGUGUGUGUGUGUGUGUGUGUGUGUGUGUGUGAUUUUUAUUCACAUCAUGGUAAUGGGUAUGUAACGAUUCACCCAAGUCACAAUAUGUGCUUUAAUGUAGCUGCUGUUUGCUCUGGCUGCGACUUGGUCUCAGGUCACAUGUUGCCUGUUGAGUGGGGCCUGAACAGCUAUCUCCUUGUCAACAGCGAGCCCACUGGUAAUUAUCUCUGUGGGCAGAGCUGAUUGGCUCAGGCUGUAAACCUUGGCUGCAGCAUCUUCCACUUACUCUUCCUUUUGGGCCAUUAGAUAAGGCUCAGUACUGACUUCUUAUUCCUUUCAAGUCAGCUCGACUCGCAACACUGUCUGGGAGCAGCAAUGGCAGGUCCAAGACCCAUCGUGUUGAGUGGACCGUCUGGAGCGGGGAAGAGCACACUGUUGAAAAAACUUCUCAAGGAGUACGACGGCGUCUUUGGCUUCAGCAUCUCCCACACGACGAGGAAACCGCGGCAGGGAGAAGAGGAUGGCAAAGAUUACUAUUAUGUUUCUCGGGAAACCAUGCAGGCCGGUAUUGCUAAUGGUGAAUUCAUUGAGAGUGCAGAAUUCUCUGGCAAUAUGUAUGGGACGAGCAAAGCAGCAGUGCAAGACGUCCAGGCAAAGAACCUGAUUUGUAUCCUGGAUAUUGACAUGCAGGGUGUGAUGAAUAUCAAGAAGACAGACCUCAAACCGAUUUACAUCACAAUCCUCCCGCCCUCUCUUGAAGCCUUGGAGAAGCGUUUGAGAGACAGAAAGACGGAGUCUGAGGAAAGUCUGCAGAAGCGUCUGGAUGCGGCACGUGUUGACAUGGAGCUCAGCAAACAACCUGACAUUUUUGAUGUAUCGAUUGUUAAUGAUGACUUGGAAAAUGCAUACAGACAGCUGAAAGAUGCUCUUAUUGCGGAAAUCACGAAAGUCCAGAAUGCCAAGAAAUCCUAAGAGGACACCAGCAUGGUGCCAUUCCAGUUACUCCGUACUCCACCCCCCAUUCCAUCCAUUGCCCGCUUCUGGAUACUUACCAGAAGACUUUAUUUGUUUUGUACUGUACCUGCUUAAUGGAGAUGGGCAUUUUACUGUUUAGGUGAAGUAAAAUCCAGUUACACUGACACUUUUUUUAUUUUAUUUUAUAAAUGCAGCUAAAUGUCUCACAUCCACUGGCCUCUGUUACAAAGGACAAAGCCCUUCACAUCAUGAGCAAGAGCUGAUUGCUUGCUUGUUUCCAGACUUGGUACCGUUUGCUGUGCCCCGUAGGAGGAAAUGCUGUUGUGUUGGUCUGUCAGUGAGUUUGGCAGAAGCUAAUGGUCAAUGUGGGUUCGUCUCGACGCCGCAGGAAGUCCAUCUGUUCCAUUGUCAGCCCUUUCCACAAUUUGCUUUAAGAAAAGGUUGCUGUUGUAAAUUAAUGUACUGCAUUUUGGAUAAAUACACAUUGCAGAAACAUCUAAAAGGGUCACAGGGUUAGUACUGUAACAUGCUGGGCACAAUGCAAAUUAAAACUAUUCUGUGGGUUGCUAGUGCUCUAACACAGAGGCAGAACUAAAUUGAAUUCUGGCUCUUAAUGGAAAGAACCUAAUGCCAUGGAAACUGGCCUCCACGUGAAUAGUAGUGACUGAAACAGGUAAAUGUCUUUUAAAAGGUAAUUUUUUUUUUUGUGCAUUUAAUACAAAAUCUUGCUUCAAUUGUUUAGCACUGAAUUGUACCAUUUUCAAUCUUAAAUCAUCUUAGCAGUACCUGCACCUAAGAAUCUAUGUCAGUAUCCUUUAGAGGAGUCCAUUCAAAUACAAUUUUCUUUGGAAAACUGUACUGCGAAGGUUUUUUUUUUUUUUUUGGUAGUCUAAUGGCAGCUUUUUAAAAAUAUAUUUAAUGUCCUUAAUGAAGUCUUGUGUAAUUCAAAGAUUCCUUCUAGUUUACCUUGCUAAUGGGGGGGGGAAAUCAUUAACACUCCAUGUUGUGUUUAUCAUGCAUGUCUGUAUUUUACCCUUGUUUGUGAAAAUAAAAGUGGGGGAAACCAGA